AUGGCCGCUGGCACGCGCGGGCAGCGGCGCGGGACUGGCCCCGGCGGGAGGCGGCGAGGGCCCUCGUGCGCCCGGCGGCUGCUGCUGCGAUGGCUCUUGGCACCUCCUCCGGCGCGGCCCUCACCGGGCAGGGGCGGCGCGAAGCAGGGCGGCUCUCCACCAACGCGGCCGUCUCUGUGCAUGGACGGUGCUGAUCUGGCGCGAGGCCACGCGGAUCUCCUCCUCCCGAGCCCUCCCUCCCUCCUCUUCCCCGGUGGAUCCGGCGAACAACGGCUGCGGAGGGCACGCCGGCAACGGAGGCGGCGGAUCUGCGGUGAGGAGUCGGAUCUGUGGCGGAUCUACGACGAGGAGGCGGAUCCAACAAGGCCGCACCAGAUCCGGCUCUCACCCGUCUCGGACCCUGUCGUCGUCGCCACCAUCUCCGAACCCAUCGCCACCGUCGUCGCCUUCGUCUCCGAACCCAUCGCCACCGUAUCCCACUCCCACCCGUCUCGGCCCCUGGUGCUGCUCCCGCUGCCACCCCAUGGGCAAGAAGCUAGCAGCACCAAGCCGCACACCCUAGUUUCAGUUUUCCCCCAAAUCACAGGGCCCGUUCUCCAAUUUGCUUAG